GAUGCUUGGUGCUCAGGAACACCAGUGACGUAGCCUGGACAAGGUACGCCGGGUGUCGUGUGAAGCUGGGCUCCGGAUCUUCCCCAGCUGGACUCCCAGCUCUGCUGCUUCAUGGCUGAUAGUGGCCCUGGCACGGCUCAGUGUCCUCAUCUGUAAACGGGGACAGAGCCCCUGGACUGCCGGUUCCCUUGCCAGGGAGGAGGAGUAGAAAUCCAUCCACGGGGGCCUCAGCGCGGCCUGGGGGACAGGCUGUCGGUCCCAGAAUGCCCCUGCCUGAGCCCAGCGAGCAGGAGAGUGAGAGUGUGAAGGCCGGUCAGGAGCUGUCCCCUGAGUCCCCUGAGACUGGCACAGAUGUUGUCCCUACAGCCCCCAAGAAGCCCAGGAAGUUCUCCAAACUGGUCCUGCUGACAGCCUCCAAAGACAGUGCCAAAGUGGCCGCAGCCAAGCGCAAAGGAGUGCACUGCAUCAUGUCUCUGGGGGUGCCUGGCCCCACCACCCUCGCCAAGGCCCUUCUUAAGAUCCAUCCUGAGGCCCAGCGCGCCAUUGAGGCCGCCCCCCAGGAGCCUGAACAGAAAUGCAGGAAGCUGGACACAGAAGGAAAAGAAGACGGAAGGUUGGCAGGGAGGCCUGCCCCCAGUCCUACAGUGGGCAGGGAGGAGUCCUCUCUCGGGCCCAGCAAGGCCACAUAACCGUGACAACUGCAGGUGGAUUUGUGGGCUGAGGGAGAUGACCAGGAACCUGAGCCCCUCCCCCGCCCCUGGGUCAGCUGCUGCUGCUGGAGGUGGAGGUGGAGAAGCAGUUCGCCUUCAACCAGAAGUCAGGAUCCCCCAGAGACCCCCACUGGAAGGGUUUCUGCCUCGGUUGCUUCAUCACGUGUGGUCCUCAUUCUUUGAAAACUGCCACUGGUCACAAGGAAAUGGCUUAUUUUUAAAAUGUAGAGUUCAGAGGCCUUAUGUUUUAAAACAACAUUUUCCAAAUGUAAUCAGUAUCUACUGACUCAUUCUCAGGAGAGGAGGAUACUUAGCACAUUUCUUUUCCUUGCCAGCUCUCCAUUUUGCUAUUUUAUUUUUACAGCCUGUUUGUUUAUAAUGUUUAUAUUCUGUAACCAUAACUUGAAAUGUUCUUUUGUCUUAAUUCUAUAUUUAAAUAGAUUCCUCUUACCCACCAAUCCCUCCUUUCCUCAGAUCUGAGCCAUCCUUUCAGUGGGCUGGUUCUGUCUGAUGGUAAGAAUGCAGGAGGAGUCGCCCAGGGUGUGAUGUGUGAUGGUCAGGUGCCACCAGGGAAGCAGUAGAGAAGAAGAGGAUGUGAGGAGAGUGGGCAGGCAAGGCAGGACUUCAGCCACUCAGCCUGGUGUCCAGGCUGUCCCAGCCUGGGUGGGUUAGAGAGGAUUAACCCUGGCCCGUCCACUCCCUGAACUUUACUGUAGCAUUAUUGACUCCUCCUGCUACUACCAGGGAAGCUGCAGGCUGGGUACUCAUGUCCCCAGUGAGGGGCUUGGCUGACUUGGUGGCUGCUGGAGGCUGUUUAAGGGCAGAGCAAGGGCCUAUCUCCCUCCUGAGUGUCAGGUGGUGCCCAUCAUCUGCCUGGAAGGCCUUCAGUACCUUGGGGCAGGAAGCCACUGCUGAGCCAAUUUGGGAGCCCACACACUGGGGCCAGCAGUGUCAAGAUUUUCUUUAUUUUGAAGCAUUUCAAAUGUCCAUGAAAGCUGAAGAACAGUGCAGGGGACAUGGUGUAGCCCUCACCUAGAUUCACAUCUCUCCCCUUCUCCCUCUCCCUCCUACUACUUUCUUGCCCUUUCACUUCUUGGAGAUCUUAAUAUCUGUCCAGAGCAGGCUGCUUGGGAUCUAGGUCACAGCUCUGGAUUCCCAGGGCUAGAAAGGAAACACAGAACUUUCUGACUGGUAAGUUCAUGAAAACUGAGUUCAAGGCUGUUCAGGAGAAGGCCAGGUGCGCCACAGCAUCCAACAGGGUCCUGAGUCGGUGGGCUCAGGGAGAGCAGCCUGAGGGAGCCCUUACAGGGAGCUGCAGGGUGAGGAGAGUGGGCCUGAGAGGAUUAAGUGUAGGGCCCAGAGGGAGCAGGGCAGGAAGACCAGGAGGCAGCAAUGGUGGGCAGAUGCUGGUGGCUCAGGGCCUGGAGUCCGCAGUGAGGGUUUCAGAUUUCUCAUGGGUAUUGGGAGGCGGGGGAAGGAUUCGUGCAGAGAAGGGAUAUGGUCAACAUAGUUAUACAAAAUUCCCCCAGGCACCAUGAGGAUGGACUGGUGUGGUACAAAGUGGGAGCUGGAAAGCCAUUGAGGAGGCUCCACUGCCUGGGUGAGAGGAGAGGAAGAGGAGAUAGGAGAGCCUGGAAGGAGGCUGAGCCAGGCCCGGUGACAGAUUGUUUUGCUUGGGGGACUGGGCAUGAGGGAGAGAGGACUGACCUAUUCAGCUGAGGGGUGACAGUGCCACCCAGUAGGAGGAGAAGGGACAGGGGAAAGUGACCCAUUCUAGUUCCACACAUUGGCAUUCUACUGGACGGUCGUGUUCCUGUGAGAAGAGUGGUCCCCAUGAGUGUUCAACAGAGCAGAAAAUUCUCAGAGGUGGAAGAUUGGUGCCAGCCAGCUCUGUACUCUGUGAGCGGGUGGGUGGUGCAUUAAUUAUGGUGGGGAUAAGAAGUAAAUAGGAUGACUAUGCAUUUCCUUUUUUAAAAAGAGCUUUUAUUCAUCUUCAAGCUAAAAGAAAAGGUAAUUCAUGGUCAUUGAAAAAAUAGAAAAUAUUUUCUAUUUUUUAUAAUCCAUUUAUAAUCCAUAUUUUUCUUAUUCAGAAAAUUGGGAUUAUGCAUCUUAUAUUUUUUUCUUAAUAGAUUACAAAUGGUUUUGUAACAUCCAUUUACUAACUGCACAGUAUACAACUGCAGGGAUGGGUAAUAGUUUAUAUAACAAAUUCUGACUGCUGGAGUAUCCCAAUUGUUUCUAGGUUGUUAACAAUCUUUUAAACCAGCGAUUUUCAACCUUUUUCAUCUCAUGGCAUGUAUAAACUAGUUACUAAA